AGUGCUGUUCACAUGUCUCUCAUGCGCUAUGGUUAAAAAGAGAAAACGCGGUUUGUGUUGUUAACACGUUUUUUCAUUUUUUUGUUUCCAGCUUACAAAGAGAGAAAAUCCUCUCCUUUGUUCCCUUUUCCCGCGACGCUUUGAUCGUUUUUUUCAGGUAGAUAUUUGUUGGGUUCCAGCGUUUAGAUCGAAUUCUCUGGCUUUGUAUAAGAUGGAGAGAGAUUUUCUGGGGAUGGGUUCGAAAAAUUCUCCGAUUACUGUGAAGGAGGAAACAAGCGAAAGCUCCAGAGAUUCAGCUCCAAAUAGAGGAAUGAAUUGGUCAUUCUCAAAGAAAGGCUCUGCUGCUUCUUCUCAGUUUCUAUCUUUCAGGCCAUCUCAAGAAGACAAACAUAGAAAGCCUGGAAACUAUCAUCUGCCAUACUCUGGUUCCUUCAUGCCAUCAUCAGUAACAGCAGAUGUAUAUGAUUCCAACCGGAACACUCCUUACAGUUCUGUACAGGGAGCAAGGAUGUUUCCUAAUUCCAAUCAACAUCAAGAAGCUAUCCCAGUUUCCAUGGCCAGGCCGGGUCUCCAGUCCCAUUAUGUAACAGGAGGAAAAAGCUUCAUGAGCAAUGGCAUAAACUCGCAACCCUUUGUUGGAGUUCCUAUCAUGGCACCUCCAAUCUCAGUCCUUCCUGCUCCAGGUUCCAUUGUAGGGACAACUGAUAUUAGAUCUUCUUCCAAGCCAUUAGGAUCACCUGCUCAGUUGACCAUCUUUUAUGCCGGUUCAGUUUGUGUUUAUGAUGACAUAUCUCCUGACAAGGCCAAGGCGAUAAUGUUGCUAGCUGGAAACGGUUCCUCUAUGCCUCAAGCCUUCUCACCACCUCAAACUCAUCAACAAGUCGUCCAUCACGCACGUGCCUCUGUUGAUUCUUCAGCUAUGCCUCCUAGCUUCAUGCCUACAGCCUCUUAUCUUAGCCAUGAAGGUGGAAGUAGCACAUAUGGACUCGGAACAGUAAAAUCAACAACAGGCUUUACAUCAACAUACCACAACAACCAAACUGCAAAGCCUCAAACAGGUAAAAAAUAAAGUCUCAUACCUCAUACUAAAUUGGCUUAGCUUACUGCUAUUUUUUUGUGUGGUUGUAAGCUUCAAUCUUGUUAUGUUUCAUAUGUAGUGGCUUUACCUCAGGCUCGCAAAGCAUCUUUGGCUAGGUUCUUAGAGAAACGCAAAGAAAGGUACACACAACCGUUCUUUACAGAAUAAAACCAGUUAAACGGUUUCUUGACCUAACUCUUUUUCACUGUUGGUUUUGCAGGGUCACAAGUGUAUCGCCGUA